CGAUUCAUAUCACGUCACACAUUCCAAUCAGCUUCACCAUGCUGCCCACGAUGCAUCGCCUCGACGGCGGCCGUAGCGCCGCUUCCAACACUCCUCUAGAUCUCAGUGCAUCGCUCUCUCGCAAGGAAAAGCGCAGCUUAAAGCGCGGCGAGAAACGCUCGAAAAGGUCACAAAUCCCGAAAUCCGACAGCAUCAAACCCGACUCGGAAGUUUCCAAGCCCGAUGACAAUGGCUCCAAAGCCCCCGUUAUCAUUGCAACAUCGCAGCAAAGUCGAUUCCAUACUGUGACCUUCGAUGAGUUCGGCAAGAACGUUUUACUUAACCAGUUCACACUCGCUAUUGGGACUCCGUCGUCCGAUGAUACUGCAGACCCUGUUGGUGUUGUAGAGCUACUGAGAGACACUCAACUGAAACUCAACUACGGUACUCGCUAUGGACUAGUAGGGCCUAAUGGCAUUGGCAAGUCCACACUACUCACUGCUCUGGCGGACGGACUAGUGGAAGGUCUCCCGACAUCACUUAAGAUCCUGUACGUGAACCAGUUAGACACGUCGUCGUUAACUCCUGAGUCAGCCAAGCAGUCGGUACUGCAGACAGUGUUGAGUGCAGACACGAGAGUUAGUGAGCUGCAGCAUAAAAUUGAUGUACUACAAACGGUGUUCGCGGGGUCUUCAGAACUGGAAGGCAAAGCGAAGACGUUCGCUUCGCACAAGGCGGAGCUGCUGCAUGCGUUGCUGACUAUUCAAGUGAUGGAGGCGGAGCAAGCACAACAAGCUGCUAGUAAGAUCGCUAUCAAGAGAAGUGGCAUGCUCGGCAAGGAUGCCAGGUUGAGGUUGCUGGAAGCUGAACACAAGACAGCAGAUUUACGUCAGAGACUCCAGUUUACACUGCUGGAUGAGGAGCACGAGAGCGUGGUUGCAGCUAACGAGACCGAAAUUUUACAUGAAGUUCACCAGAAGAUGGAGCAGUUCCAGCAAGAAUUAAAGAUCCUAGACGAAGCAUCCAUGGAAGCGCGUGCUCGUCGAAUACUGGCGAGUAUGGCCGUCGAUCCAGCCAAGCAGGACGCCCCGCUGUCGUCGCUUAGUGGUGGCUGGCAAGUGCGUAUUCUUCUGGCUCGUGUACUGUUCAUGGAGCCGGACUUUUUACUACUGGAUGAACCGACGAAUCACUUGGACAUGCCCUCGAUCUUGUGGCUAAAAAACUAUCUUCUCACUCUCGACGAAGUGCUUGGAACUCCUGUGACUCUAGUAGUCGUAUCACACGAUCGGUUCUUCCUGAAUGCCGUGACGGAAGAAACGAUUUUCUUCCGUGGAUAUGACAAGACUCUCGCUUACUAUGAGGGAACUUACGACUCAUUUGAACUCGCUAUGGCACGGAAGAGGCAGUUCAAUGCUCGCUUGCAGAUCAAACUGGACAAGAAGACGGAGCAGAUGAACGCAAUGGUCUCCAAGAUUUCUCAGCAAGCAACACGAUCCAAAGAUGACAAGAAGAUGCAAGUUGCAGCUUCGAAGAAGAAGAAAAUGGAUCGUAUUGGCAACGAACGUAGUGCUAAAGGUACACGGUUUAAACUUAACCGGGAUCGCGCGGGGUAUUUCCUCACAGAUCGUGAUCAAGCUGAGGAUCAAGCCAAGUAUGACGAGACUGAAGGUGGCAACAGUGCGAGUUCCGCGUGGCGUAUACUAUCCAGCAGUCCUCCGCAGAUCCGGAAUCUCACCAAACUGGACAACACGACUAUGCUUUCACUCGAGAAUGUAUCAUUCCGCUACGAUACAUUUGAUGAAGAACCAAAGAUGCCACUUGUAUUGGAGAAACUCAAUCUUACCAUUAACUACGGCGACAAAGUUGUGUUGGUGGGUCGCAACGGCGCAGGUAAAACUACCUUCAUGAAGCUGUUAAGCAAGGGGUUAACGCCAAAAAGUGGUAAGAUUGAGUAUUUCCACGGAGCACGGAUCGCAUCAUUGAUGCAACAUAACGUGGAGGACCUCAAGCGUCAAAAAUGGUCUCGAGGUCUCACUCCACUGGAGCUAUUGCGUACACGGCUACAAACGGAUGAAAGUGCAUCGAUAGCGACAGAGUUAAGCGGUACCGGUGUCGUGAGUGAUGGUAAAAUACGCGGUCAUUUAAGCAGCUUUGGAGUCACCGGUCAAACUGCCGUGACAGUCCCGCUGCGCGCUCUCUCAGGUGGACAGUUGGUGCGUGUCGGGUUGGCAUGGGCUACGUUCCCAUACCCGCCCCAUGUGCUGCUGCUGGAUGAGCCCACGAACCACUUGGAUAUGAACACAAUUCAACUGCUAGGCGAGGCUUUGCGUAAGUAUCAAGGAGCGGUGGUGCUCAUUUCACAUGACUUGCAUUUUCUCGACAUCCUCACGAACGGAAAUCAACGCGCGGAAGAAGAUGAAGACGAAAAUGAUGACCAAACGCGUGGUCGAGUUCGUGUUUUCGAGGUGAACAAGAAGAGGGGCGUGGUGUCUCUACUGCCACUUGAAGGAGUGGAGACGUAUCAAGAGAAAGAAGAGAGCCGCAUAGCUUCCCUAGGGCGCCUAUGA